ACCAUAUGGAGGAGCAGAAGCAGCUCCUGGAACACGUAUUUGGCGAGUCAUCAGAAAGCGAAGAAGAUGAACAGAGAUGUUUCGGAGAUUCAAUGGAUUGUGUGCGUACGGAGGAGCAGAAGCAGAUCCUGAAACACGUAUUUGGCGAGUCAUCAGAAAGCGAAGAAGAUGAACAGAGAUGUUUCGGAGAUUCAAUGGAUUGUGUGCGUACGGAGGAAGGAGGAGCAGAAACAGAUUCUUAUUGAGGUGUUUGGCGAAUUAUCAGACAGCCAAGAAGAUAACCAUAGGCAUUUGCAGCCAGAGGCACCGAACAAUAGAGUCCCUAUUUGGCAUCGGAUUGAAGAGGUCAACGGGCUAUGGUUGUGCAGAGAAUUCCUUUCCCCGGAGCAACAAUCUUCGUUGCUAUCUGCUAUUGAAAACGAAGGGUGGUUCACCCAGUCCUCUCAUAAUCAGGCCAUGGGCUUUGGAGAUCUUCCAUCGUGGGCAACUGAACUUUCUGCACAUAUUCGCAAAGUGGUUUGGUUAAGCAAGUACGUCUUUGAGUGUGAGGAUGGUGAAAAAUAUUGUCCUUUGCCGUCAGACUUAUUAUGGCGAGAGCCGCUUUUUGAUCAAUUAAUUGUAAAUGUAUACCAACCAGGUGAGGGAAUAUGUGGUCAUGUGGACCUCAUGCGCUUCGAUGAUGGAAUUGCUAUCACUUCCCUGGAAUCUGCAUGUGUGGUGCACUUCACACAAGUCAAAACAGAUGAAUGUGAAGAGAGAAGAGAUGCUCCUAUAAAGAAGAUCCCUGUUUAUUUGAACCCAGGUUCUCUAGUUCUCAUGUGGGGAGAAGCUCGCUACAUUUGGAAACAUGAGAUAAACCGCCAGCUGGGGUUUCAAGUGUGGGAAGGGCAGGAAAUAUGUCAAAAGAAAAGAACCUCCAUUACAUUGAGGAAGCUUUGCCCAACAGGUUAGGAUCUUUAAGUCAUAAAUACAAGGCAGUUAACAUGAAUUGGGUGAAUUGGUGUCUCUCACUGUUCUUUAGUUGGGAUAAGAAUGGUGUGGCCCACUUGAGAGCAAAGCAAAUGCACAUGGUUUAGUUGGUCUUAUAUGGAGGCAGCAAGAUUUUACUUUGAGAUUUAGGUGAAUUUAGGUAGAUCUCUAUGAGAAGUGAGUCAGCUGUACUGUUUUAGGGUGCCUCCUGUUUCCCAUU